ACAGUCGAAAAUGGCAGUGAGAACUGAUCAAAAUUUUCCCCACAAAAUGGAGAUCGGAUGCUUUAGCUUAAACCCAGAAGCCCAAGAGUUUUUUCCAACAAGAUACACUUUGGUUCCAGCUCCUAGUUUUCCCAUUUUACAAACCAUAAACCCACCCUAUAAUCUCCUCUAUUAUUAUCUACCUCUUCAGUACCCCUUUGCUUUCACAGCUCCACCACCACCACGCCACCAAAAUGCAGUACUACCCCAUUCCUCGUCCCUGGAGACGGAUGUUGUGCUGGUGACUGAACCGUUCAAGGCUAAGAAGGGUUUCAAUAGAAAUAAGUAUCAUUGGAAAGGUAGAAGAGGCUGCGGUGGUGCUGCUCGAGCAGCUCGUAAGAAAGAAUGGAGGGCUAAGCCUUGUUUUAAUGGUGAUGAUGAUGAUGAUGAUCAAGCUUCGUUUGAGUGUACAAGGAAGGUUCAAUAUUGGGCUGGUGGUGAGAAACAGCCAUUGAUUCCACUCCAAUCUGGUGGCAGUGAGACGACGAUCAUGAUCAAGAACAUUCCCGUCAGAUACACAAGAGAGAUGUUGAAGGAAUUUCUUGACCAGCAUUGCAUGGUUACAAAUCGAGAGGCAAAAUCCAAUGCAAAUAAUGAAGAACCUUCAUUGUCAGCUUAUGAUUUCUUGUAUCUUCCUAUAGACUUUGUCACCAGGUCAAACAAAGGCUAUGCUUUUGUAAACUUCACCACACCAAUAGCUGCCAGGAAGUUUUAUGAUGCAUGUGACGAUAAGCAAUGGGAGUGUUUCAUGUCAAACAAGAUUCGUCAAAUAUAUUGUGCUAAACUCCAGGGCAUUAACGAGCUACUGAAGCACUUCGAAAAAAUGGGGUUUCCAUGUGAAGAUUUUCAGCCGUUGUGCUUCAACCCAGCACGUGAUGGUUCAGAGCAACCUGUUGAAGAAACUGUUGUAGGAAGAUGCAUAGGCUCUUGGUUUUCUGGUUAUGUUUUUGGUUUGACGAUGGGAACAAAGGGGGUGGACUUUGUCACCUGGUUCUUGAUAUGGUAUAAUGAAAAAAGAAAGAACAGGUGGUGGGGUCCACCCUGGUAUGGGGUCUCACUGGUCGGCUCUUUGUUGUUGUGUCUCUCUGCAAUGUCUUUAGAUUAG